CUCUGUAACACUGAGAAAAUAAUGUCAAAAGCCACAUUGUGGGACAGCAUAGUUUCAGAAUUUGAAUUAAAAAAACAUGGUCUGAUUCCUGAAGAAAUAGAAACAAAUCGCGCUAUAGCUAUUGAAUCAUUUAAUACACCACAAGUAACUUGUGUUUAUUUUGAUUAAUUAAUUAAACAAACUUUUCUAAUUCAUAACUUUUAUUGAGCCCAUUUAAUGUAAUGCAUGAAAAUUCAGGGGAAUAUGAAUAUCAGUCUGCAGAGGAUGAGGAUAAGGAUAUUGCCGAUUUGAAAGAUCCAAAAUCAGACUAUGCAAAAUCAUGCAGGGCAAGUGAAUAUCUAACACAUUUUAUAUUCCCCUGUCUCCUACCGGCUAUGGAAGAAAUGCUUAAAAAAGCGCAAGAAUCACGUUGUUUUGAGAAAAAACGUUUUGGAUUCAAUGGUUUGGACUUUUUAACCCUGUAUUUAUACAAGAAUAACACAUAUACUAAAGACGAUAGAACUGCCCUGCAAACAUUAUCCGACAUUCCAUGGAUUUCAAAAGAAUGGGAGAAAAAUCCACGAAAACCGCUACCACUCAGCUUACAAUGGUCAGAUGACGAAGCAGCUAUCAAAUUACAAUCCUACUGGAGAGGUUAUCUAGUAAGGCGAAUACCAGAGGUAUGCGAACUUCGACAAUGGCAAUCAGAAUGGAGAAAAUAUAAUCGUAUGAAAGAGGAACAAUCAGAAGAACAAUCGCCUCAAUCUUAAUAGUGUUUAAUAUACAGUCCUUACACAGAUGAAAAUAAUGUUAUUAUAUUC